AUGCCAGCGCUCCGCUCGCACUCUUUCAGCAACACGUCGAAGUCUCUUUCCCUGGGGCAGGCGUCGACCAAAACACGGCUUGCCUCACUGGCUUCCCCUCAUCCAACACGAUAUCAUACGCCAGCAUAUCUUCCUACUGGUAGUGAAGUCUCGUUCUCGACGGCAUACCCCAAAUCUGUUCUUUCCGCUCCAUCGUCGAACGUCUCUCAUCCUUUUCAUGCCGGUGGUCCACAGAACGGCGGGUACAUAUCGAAUGCGACGACAGGAUAUCACCAUAGCUCCCACUACUAUACCGUCGGUUCAAGUGGCUACCCCAGCGCGCCUCCAGCCUCGCAGGCCUCACGGACCGGAUUUCCAGAUGGAUUAGAGAACGUCCCGGUCGUUCCGGCAACCUCGCAGCCGGCUUAUAGUUCUGUUCAAACUUACGGUGCUCCUGACCAGGUUUCCGAACGGCGGUCUGAUCCGAUCGGACACGCCACGGACGCGACCGGUGACUAUGGUAUCGUUACAUCCCCAGCUCCAUCACUCGCCCUCGCGGAACGCGCGAGCUACCCCGCUUUUGACUUCAACCGGAAUACGGAUUGGAUUUUCGACGAGCAAUUGAUGAACCUCGCCUCUUCAAUAUUCUCUGCCUCGGACGAGUCGGUUCAAGCCUCGCUAUCCGCACAGGACUUAAUGGCCCAAAUAUCGACAUACGUACCCAACGACAGUGCCAUACUACAACCCGUCCUUCCCCAGCAGGCCCCCGGCAACAUACCUACGGUUCAGGCUCCCACCACGUUGUUGGCUGCUGCAAUGUCCGCUGCUUCAUCUAGUUCGAAUAUUCCCAUGCCCCCACUUUCGCCUCCGGAUCUUGUAUCAGAUGACGGACGGACCGAGUCGAGUCCUGAGACUUCGUUUUCCCUUGCAUCUGGAUGCUCCUCGAACGCUUUUCCUUCACCGGGGGAGAUGCCCAUGCUUCAUGGUCCUAUUCAAGAUGAAACCCUGCGGGAUAUCUCAUCCCAGUACCCGCUCCCGGCCACUGUUCCCGCCGCAACGAGCUCCCCGGAAGCCGCGCCGCUGUGGCAGGCACACCCUGCACAUGACAUGGGCGAACCCUGCACGCCUUCUCAACGCGACUCUUCUGCGAUUGGUUUUGUUGCUCCCGGCGUAUACGGAUCAAUGGCUUCCUCAGCUCACGAGCAAUAUCACCAGAGCUACGAAAUUACUCUUACCCAGCCCAAAAAACCGAGCAAGAAGGAUCCGAAAAAAACGCUUUUCAAAAACGCAGCCCCCUACACGCCGCUCCAUGGAGCCCUCUUCGACCGAUACGUUACGCUCCUUCAGCGCCUUCCAUUGCGUCAAGACUGUCCCGUCGGAGGCUGCACCGAUUCGCAGCGCACGCAGUUGACAUACUGCCAAAUGCAGGCUCAUAUGGAGAAGGUUCACUACCCAAAAGGCAAGUCGAAGAACGAGAAGAUUUUCGGGUGCCCGUUUCAUGCCCUAGGUCGCUGCAAUCUCGAUAGACCUCUGGAAUCUCGCGCAAUCACGCGACAUGUCAUCGCGUCUCACACACACCUGGACAACACCCAAUGUUCGAUGCCAGACUGCGGACACAUCGCGUCGCGCUUGGACGCAGCCCGGCGUCACUUAGCCACGCAAAUCAUCAACAAUAUCAAGGCGUGGCGAGAUAAUGACGCCGCCCACCCCGAGGUAACGGAGGUUUACAACUCCCUGACGCCUGCCGAUUGUGAAGAGACAGAUCGACGUCUUCCACCAGCAUCCAACAAGUCGUCAAACCAGUCCUCCUUUCCUCUACUCUCUCCCUCUAAUGAGAAGACUUUCUGA